AUGACUAUUGAGGAUGAGAUUCAGGCUCUGUAUGAUUACUGGCAACCUGUCUUUGAUCAUCCUACCCUUCCACCCGGGAAAUGGGAGCUUGUUGAUGGCAUUGAGGUCUCCGAGCAGGAAGUCGAACGGGCUUUGCUGAAGAUACCACCCCGCAAGGCCACUCAACCGGGGAUGGCACCCGGUGCUGCUUGGCACUUCGCUGCGCCUAUUAUUGCUCCGCAUGUUCAUGCCUUCUUGCAGGAUACGUGGAAACCAGGGCCCAUUUCACAUUCGGCAGAUCUCACAGGCUCAUGGCUUCAUUUCCUAGCCAAACCUGGCCGGGUUAUUCGUGGUCCAUCUGAUUUGAGGCCCAUCGCGCUGCAGCCUGGGGCAGCCAAGGCACUCAGCGUGCUCAUCAAAACCCGUCUUCAACCGUUUGUCGAUGAGGCGGCCAAGGACUUUCCUCAGUUUGCCUACUUGUGCAAUCGGGGUACUGCGCAGGCCAUUGGCAGGGUCACACAACAUUGUUCGGCUGUGCGGGCUGCGGUCAAAGGCCAAUCUCUCACUUUACACGACAAGUUUGCGGGUGUGCGCCGAUUGCCAUGCUCUGGAGGUUGCCAGUUGGCGGUCGACAUGUCCCGAGCUUUUGACUCUUGCCCCCGCAAGCUUCUCCUGGCAGCCCUUCGGCACUUCCAGGUGCCCUCGGAUCUCAUUGCUCUUAUCAUGGCGUGGCAUGAGAGCAGUCACUAUGAACUGGGAAAUAUGCAUCGUUCGGAUCUCAGCCGUGACAUCUACUGUACCAGCGGCGUGAAGCAGGGGUGUGUCAUUGCACCCAGUUUGUGGACUUUGUUCACUUGCUACGUAGGAGCCAAGUUCAGUGAGCAUCGGGAUGCAAAGUGGAUUGAUGAUCACUUGACUCUUUUUGCAGACGACUUUCACUUCAAGUGGCAGCUGGAUUCCCAGAAGGACUGUCGACGUGUGCUUGAGGAUUUGCGUCUGAUCUUUGAGGUACUACAGGAACAUGGUCUCACGAUCAACCCGGCCAAGUCCUCUUUCCUUGUGGAGGUACGCGGACCGAUUGGGGAUGCGUGGCUUCGCAAACAUCGGAUGCGUGAUGCAGAGGGCAAUUGGCAGUUUGUUUGGGACCUGCACCGUCGCUUGAAGGUACCAGUCGUGCGAUCCUUUCGGUAUUUGGGCGUCAUGCUCUCAUAUCACGCCUUUGAAGAUGAGACUUUGCACUUUCGCUUGCAACAGGCCCAGCAACAUCGCAAUCGAUUGGCUCGUACUCUACAAGGCCGCGGUGGGCUACGGCUUGAACAGCGUAGACGCAUUUGGCUGGUAUGUGUUCAGACCUCUCAACUUUACGGCCUCAGUGCGGUAGGUAUCACUGAAGCGGGCUACAAUCUGUUGCGCAUCCAGACGAUGAAGCAUGUUCGAGCCUUUGCAAAAUCUCCGCGGCACCUUACCCAGGAAUCCGAUCGCUCUCUUUUGGACAGGCUUGGACUCUGUGCUCCCUUGCAGACGUUGAUGCAGCAGGUGGAUGGGAUUUAUCACCGUUUGGAGCAGCCUGAAUUCAGCACGCUUCCUUGUUAUGACAAUGCAGGCCUGCUGGGAUGGUUCCGGGGUAUACGAGACGACCUGCGGCUGCUUGCGACCAAGACUCUGGGAGACAGCGUUACAUCGGAACCCCCGCCGGAAGCCGGUGUGCAGGAUGUGCCGACUGGGGUGGUGUUCGACCCGCCGGUCCUGCCAGCGACUGAGGGUACUACGACGGUCCCGGCCAAGCUUGUCUCCAUGCCACCUCAAACUCCUCAAUAUACCUGCACUGUUUGCGGCCAGCAGUUCACAACCUUGCAUCAGGUAAAGACUCAUGAGGGACGUGCGCACAAAAAGUUCGCUCCCAAGCGAGUCGUUGCUGACAUUGUCUCCUACGCUUUGAACGGUCUUCCUACGUGCAAGCUUUGUCGCGCAUCUUUUACGCGCUGGACUGGUCUUCGCAGACACAUUGAGGAAAAUCGCUGUCCUGGUCUUCGGGAGGAACCGGUGCCUGCGUCGCCAUUGUACGAUGCCGCCGAUGCUUCUGGCCCACGGCCGUCUCAGGUGACUGCCACAGCUCUAGACUUGGCCGAUGCUGCACAGCCGACUGCAGAAGGUUCGUUGAUGGCAACGGGUCCUGUUGCAGCCUCUACUUCUUCGGGUCCUCCGGACUCGGGUCCCGCACAGGCCUUCGAGUCUGAGAUCAACAAUGCCAAGCCCUCCUCUGAGUGCGCUGAAUGUAGUUCAUGGAAGCAGGAUGAUCUUGUUUCGGCGAGCGUUCUUCGACCUGCCAUCCAGUGGGACACCGUUUUGAGUAUUAGGCCUCCUCGUUGGGAAAGCAUAGUCCGUGUGCCCGGGAUCGUCUCCAAUCUUCAAUCCUACUGCGGAGUCUGCGGGAAGUGGAUAGCAGAGAAAAAGGGGAUGAAGCGCCAUUGGCAGAAGUCACACCCUGAGCUUUGGAAUUUACACUAUCCGCUGGUGCUCCAUUGGUGUAAACACUGGGCCAAGUCGGCCCAAUCGCCUUGUCAGAUCUGCGGGAUCAAAGUAGUGGAUCAUCGUCAACAUGCCGGAGGUGCGCAAUGCACGGUCAUGGUGCAAGCGGACGCGGACGGCCAACUGCGCUCUCUUUUCGGCCUGAUGCCGGCGCUACAGGCUCAACAGGCUCAGGAGACCGGCAACAGCAUGGACGUGGACAGAACAUCCACCAAACGGAAGGAUCCAGCAACGAACACAACACGCCAAGGCUCGCAGAAGGGCAAAGGCAAAGGGGGUCUGGUCCAGCACAUGGGGCGGAUGGUACUGCAGCAAGCGGAAGCGACCAAUCGCAUUUGCUUGGACUCGGGGUUCCUGCUUGUGCUUCAGACACCGCCCCAUCCAGGCAGUGUGACGCGGGCCCUAUGCCAGGUGGGCGAUGCUUGGAAGCUGAAGGCCAAAGAGGCUCCGACAACUCUAACAAUGUCGCUGAAGAUGGCGAUACUCGAAUGUCUCUUUCGGGAAUUGGUUGCUCGGGCGAACAUGACCAUGAACACACCCGAUGCCAAGACCGAGGCCCAAAGACUGGGUCUUCUCAAGGAGGACUGUUGGACAUAUCGUCAAUGGAACCCGGCCAAAAGCGAGAAUCAGACCACAAUGAGCAAGCCUGUUUCCCAUCAGGAGUUCUGUCAGGGGGUCGAGGACUUUCUGGCUCACAUCCAAAAGUGCGAUGGUCUCACCAGGUUCAAGGCCCUGCAGGAGCUUACCUCCGAGACCACGAACGCGGCCGUUCCGUUCCUUCUGGAUGUGAGUUUCCGGCAGGAUCAGAUUCAUGCCACGCUGGUGCGAUGGAUAGGCCUCAGCCCCUUCGAAUUGAUUGGGGCCAGGAUGCGACAGGUCCAUGCCAAGGCCUCGCCUCAGCAGACCAAAUUGUACGAAAUGUUGCGCAACCUGGACCGACUGGAUCGUCUGGGCGCACCUCUGCGCUCUUUGCUCAGCAAACUUCUCAAGCCUCCCGGUGUUCGCCCGUCCUAUGUUACCAAAAUGAAGGAAUGGCGCACUCUUAUAUCGGGAUGGCAGCAACCUCAUCAACAACAUGAUGUGGCGGAGUUUCUGAUGCAUCUUAUCCUGCAGUCCCAUGGGUUACCUGUUCUCAGCAAGUGGUACUCUGAAGGUCCCCCGGUCGAGGCCGCGCCUCGCAACGAUCAGGGUGAUGGCCUCAUUCUUCUUCCGACUUGCAACCCCGCCCAGCCGUUUGCUACAGUGCAACAAUGUGUGCAGGGAUGGCAUCAGCAGCUCCAGAGUCAUUAUGUCCAGCCGGGCACUGAUUUUGUUCUCCUACAGCUUGAUCGCUUUGAGCAGCGUGGGCCUUUCAUUCGCAAACGUCGGCACCCUCUAUUCCCUGGUUCAGGCACUCUUAUGCUGCCGACUGGUCCAGGGGAUUCGCAGUGGGAUGCUUACUUCAUUCAAGCUCUGAUUCUCCACGAGGGUGAUGCGCCUGUGCGAGGUCACUAUCGUGCUGCACUGGUGUCUCACACUGCAGGGGCUGUGCGAGUGUGUGAUGAUAGUCGCGUGCCACGGCUGGCUGUUCCUGCGGACAAAAUCUUCGAGAAAGUGUACGUGCUGCUUCUUUCCAGGUGCGCCAUUUCUUCCGAGGUCCCCAGAGAUGCGUGA